GACGUGUCUGGAGUGUGUUAUAACCCUGUCACGCAUCUAUAGGUUCUUCAGCUUUCAAAGUGCAUCUGCUGUCUGUGAUUUCAUAUUCCAGUCGUUAGUCGUAAAUCUGUAUUUGUGGACAGCUAUGCUGCCUGUAGUGGCGGUGCAUGGAGGUGCUGGUCAUAUUCCUAAAGAAAGAGCUGAACUCUCUACUAUCGGUGUAAAGGAGGCAGCCAGGACUGGGUAUGCCAUCCUCCAGAAGGGUGGAAGUGCCAUGGAUGCCGUGGUAGAAGCAGUGGCCCUGAUGGAGAACAACCCGAGAUUCAAUGCAGGUCGGGGGUCAGUGCUAAAUGUGAAGGGGGAGGUGGAGAUGGAUGCAAUGGUAAUGGAUGGCAGGACUCUAGAUAGUGGGGCUGUUUCAGCGGUCAGAAGAAUUGCUAACCCAGUGCACCUGGCCAGGCUUGUCAUGGAGAAGACCAAACACUUGUGUCUGACAGCUGAAGGGGCCUCUAAGUUUGCCAGAAGCAUGGGUGUACCGGAAGUUCCUGAGGAGUCAUUGAUCACAGACUAUGCCAAGAUGCGCUGGAAGAAGAACUUGAACCCAGAUGCCAACCCAGUAGAAUGCCAAAUGGGCAAGAUGGGAACAGUUGGUGCAGUAGCUGUGGACAAAGACGGAAACAUUGCUUGUGCCACAUCCACUGGUGGAAUGUUAAAUAAAAUGGAGGGUCGUGUGGGAGACACGCCGUGUGUUGGAUGUGGGGGCUAUGCAGAUAACAAUAUUGGGGCUGUCUCACCCACAGGCCAUGGGGAAGCCAUCAUGAAGGUCACGCUGUCUAGACUCAUUCUCUUCCACAUGGAACAAGGCAAGACCCCAGAGGAGGCUAGUGACCUGGCUCUUACAUAUAUGAAGGAGCGGGUGGACGGUCUCGGCGGGGUGGUGGUGGUGGAUUCAAAAGGGAACUAUGCAGCUCGGUUCAGCAGUAAACAGAUGUCAUGGGCCGCUGCCCAGCAGGGCGAACUCCACUAUGGGCUGUACCGUGGCGAACACUUUGUUGAGCCUGUACAAGAGAACAUGCAAUGAAUACACACACACACACUUAACAGUAAAGCAUUGUAUGCCUUAACACUCCUUUUUGAGGGCAGUGUAUCUGUCCUUAGUGGUAAUACUUUACGUUCUCCACUAGAUGGAGAUAAAUGAUGUUUUUUAAUUUAAUCUGUUGUAAGGUGCAGUGCACAUUUAAUGGGAUAGUUCAUCCCAAAAAUGCUAAUUCUGUCAUCAUUUACUCACCCCUCAAGUUGUUCCAAACCUGUUUGAGUUUCUUUCUUUCUGUUGAGCACAAAAGAAGACCAUUAUUGGUUACAGACAGUUGAGGGUAGACAUAGACUUCCAUAGUUUGAAUAUAUCUUCAAAGUAUCUCCUUGUUGACAGAAUAUUCAUUUUUGGAUAAACUAUCCAUUUAAUAAUGAUUACAAAAUUGUUAAAUAAAUGUUAUGCAUUUUUGGCAGCUUUGAUAUGACUGUGAAUAGAAUAGCAAAAUAAAAAAAUGUUUACAUGUA